CAUUCACCGAUCUCAGCGGCAGUUGCGUGUCGGAAUCGUUUCCCGGAAACAGGACAAAUCUCAAAAAUAAGAUAAGAAGUUCCUCAUACUGCGAAACUUUAUGUAGUUUAAGGAAACCAAUCGGAAAUUAAUCGGAGAAAUUAAUUCGGAUUUCCAUAUCGGUAGAAUCAAUAAAGAAUUGACUAAAACUGGUGUAUUUAGAAUUAAUCAACGACUUGUAAAAUCUUAGGCGAGAAAUGCAAGGAAAAACAUCAAACUCGGUUAUUUCUAACGACAGUAUGUAUCGGAGAUUAUGGGAACUAUUAGGAACUGCUUGCAUCUUUCUAUUUGCUCCGCUCAUCGUGAUCGCUGUGAUCCUUUUAUACGGCUAUCGUUGUUCGGUCGAGAUCGUGUUAAGAUUCCAGUUGAGGAACAAGUUCGCUGGUCUCUUGAAGGGCACAGACUGUGUAUGGGCCGUUGAAGAUGCCGUUUCUCUAUCCGUUAUUAAUAUCUUGAUGAUAUUGGAGAAGACCACGCGGAAUUCGAACACGAUUUUCCUGGAGGAUUUCAGAAAUCUCGUAAAUGAUCGCAUCGUUUCGAAGGCCGCUGGUACGACGCUCGAGAAACUGUUCUAUCUGCGAAGCCGCAAGUUCGGCUAUUAUUUUUGGGAGAGAAGCGAGGAGGUGGACCUGAAAGGCAGGAUCAGAUGGCUGGAAUGUGUGGACGCUAGCUGCGACGGGUCCUGCGAGGAUACCUCUGGCGAAUCCUUCAGGAAGACUUUGGAAAACGUCUGCAAUAAACCACUGCCCGACGAUCACAGAGCCGCGUGGGAGAUCCUCGUCGGAAGACGCUGUCCUAGAGCCAAGUCUCGUGUCGAAGAGGGUCGAUUGUCUCCCGAGGAGUGCUUCAACACCGACACCCGAAAGAUUCCCAUGUUAAUUCGCGUUCAUCAUUCCCUCGGUGACGGAGUGGCCCUCCUGGGCCUGUUGCUCAAAACGAUCGCCAAGGAGGACGAGAUAAAAGAGACGAGAGUAAAAAUCAAGAGUAACACGUUGGGCGAGACGGGAGACCGUUUCAAAGAGAUCGUUCCAGUAUUGCGCAAUUCGGAGAGGAACCUCCAGAAUGGAGCGGAUGUUGUGCGAUUCUAUAAGAAGAAUAUCCUUGCCGCAUCGAUGCCUUUUACUUACGUAAAGUUCUCACGAAUUGCGCAAGACCUGCGAGAUCAUUUUCCUGCGUCGUUGAAGUUUUUUAAUAGUAUAACUGUCGAGUUGUUGAAACAGCAAGCGAAAAUGUUGAUCGACCGUACGUGGUUGAGUUUCAAAGAUAUUGUACUGACAAUAAAACAAAUGUACGGUAGAUUUCAGAAGAUUACGAUGAUUUUGCUUUCUUCUCCGAAGUUCUUCAUUCAACAAGCUGUUCGGGGCAUGGACAAAAACGCUCUGCAUGGCCCGCCCCAAACGGGUAAAAAGAUAAUGUCCCACUGGUUAGAGAAUGAUGUGACAAACAAAUCGCAGAAUCUCUUGACGAAAAUCCGGGAGAUAAGAAAGAAUACAGGUGCCAAAUUUGAAGAUAUAAUACUGACAGCUUUUUCCAUCAGUGUACACAAAUAUCAUUUACGCAUCAACAAACCAGUUCCCGAUGCAUUAACGGUCAUCUUGCCGAUAAGACUAUCAAUGCCCGAUGAAAGUUUAACGUUAGAUAAUAAGUUUUCGAUUGCUCUCUUGCGAAUUUGUAUUGCCAAUGCGAACGGACGAACAGUCGUCGGGUCAAAUCGGGAUUUUCAAUUUUUUGAGCGUCUUCAAGAUGUUACAAGAGCAAAUAACGAACGCAGAAAGAGUUCAGACAUUCUACUUAAUUUUUGGACCAUGAAAUAUCUGUCGGCGCUAUUACCGGUGAAAAUGUUAAGGACUUUUCUUUUAAGUCGCAGCACGAUGGUAUUUAGCAAUAUACGUGGGCCGGAAAAAGUGCGUAUCCUGAAUAAUUCUUUGAGCAACAUUGCCUUCUGGAUACCAAACAAAAGUACUACCGCUCUCGGCUUUGCUCUGUUAAGUUAUGGAGGCAGCGUACACCUGUCUUUAAUGGCUGAUAAGUCAAUCGUGAAGGACGAGAGAUCUUUUAUGGAGCUUUUAGAAAGUACUGUACAUGAAAUAGAUGCUGCUUAUAACAGUAUUAUAUCGAUGCGCUUUUUAAAGCCGUCAGCUCUUCCAAUAGAAACACCCACGUAAAAAGACAUCGGCGUGUUUUAAGGAAGGAGUACGAGCGACUAAAAUAUUUUACCUCUUUUAUACAUCUCAAUAUGAAUGCAUUUAUGUUAAGUAUAAAUUACUGUCAUACGUUUAUUAAUAAGUUUUUUACAGAGUUUUACAGAGAUUAAUAAUGCAAUCUUUUGAAUUUUUUAAAAAUUAUAUUUUAUGAAGUUUUUUAAUCUAUUAAUACUUUAUAAGCAUAUUACAUGUUAGUUAAAGAAUCGAAAAUUGUAUUUCCAUUAGUUAAUUUAGUAUUACAUAAUGUAUUUAAUGGUCAAAUAACUAAAAACUCUCAAUACUAAAAUAAAGGAAUUACAAAAA